UAUUGCACUACCAAACCAGAGCUGUACCUAAUUGUGUGUUAGGUCUAGUAACAACCUUAGCCAUAUUUAGUCUUCUUAUCUUGUCAAAGCUUUAAAGAUUAUCAGUAAGUAGCAGUUUAGUUUAGGUCUACCAACUGGUGGUUACCGAUUCAGACCCCUAACCAUCACCGCCUAAACGGAGAACAACCACCGCCACUUCCCGGGUUUUGCAAAUGUCCCAUUUUGGUGUUUCUUGAAAAAAAAAACAUUUCUUUUAAAAAAAGAAGUUUCUAGGGUGUUUUUGGUCGUGUAGCUUGGACCCCACUUUGGGAAAGCUUGGAAUUAUUGAAAGGGAACCCAAAAUAUGUUUAUUAUUUCAACAGGAAAGGUUGAGGCUGGCUUGUCUUCUGUACUUUCAUGAUUACCAUUCUAUUUUAUUGAAAAUUAUUAUUUCUUGACAAUUACUGUUAUUGUUGCUAGUUUCUUUGGUUGGUGUCAUUGUUCAAUGAUAAGGAGGGUGAGGAUCUUUGGGGGAUAUAUGAGUUCUGUCUCCCUCCACAUGGGAAAUCUUAUCUUUUGAGCCAAUUGAAUUCAAUUUUUUUCGUUCUUUCUUUCUUUUGCUCUCAAUCACUCUCUUUGGCUAUCUCUGUUUCCUCAAUUGUGGGAAACACAGAAAUUCCAGAUUUCUCCGCAGGUUCGUUGGCAUGAUGGGAGCAACCAUGAAGAUAUUUGGUUUAUUUGCUUUACUGAAUGUUAUAUUGCCUAUUGCUUGAAAUCACUACUCAACUUGAAGCUUAGGAAUCUGUCCAAUUGUGGAAAAAAGAUAUGGCAACUUAUUUCUCAGGUUUGGCUGACCAAAGAGAAGAUCUUCCAAUGCCAUUAUUGCCAAAUGAGAAACAUAAUUCCUACCAACCGCCUGGUUUUCCCAGUAACUUGGUCUAUUUGAACCAUCCUUCCACCAUAGCAUCCUACCCGGAAUUAUCCUCCUUGUCUUCUUAUUCCACGAAACCAUUCGAUGCUCAAAGUGUUGAACAAAAUCUUCAUUAUCAAGGAUUAUCCCUUAGUUUGGCAAUGCAAGUGCCAUCUUCGGUCCAAAUCCCUCCAUACCAUGACCCAUAUACAAACUCUGGGUUCUCUUCACUUAUGGCUACCCAAAUUAUGAAUUCGGACCAUGGAUCACAAAAUGAUGAGAAUAAACAUGUGGAAUAUUCAUUUGGCUCAGAGGGAGACAAUCACGAAAGGUCGAUGGAUUUUAGUCAACAUAUAAAUGGUAUUGCAGGGAGUGUUUAUAACUCUAAAUAUCUCAAGGCCACACAGGAGUUGCUUGACGAAGUGGUUAAUGUUCAUAGAGAUAUUCGGAGACCAGAAAAACGUAACCUAAAUUUAUUUGGACAAGACGAAGAGGCUGAUAUGAAAUCAUCACCCAGCUGUUUUGGAGCUGGGAUGAUGUCAUCGGAAGGCCACAGUUCGACUAACACAUCGUCUGGUGGAGAGCUUUCCGCUGCUGAACGGCAUGAUCUUGAUAGCAAGAUCACAAAGUUAUUCUCCCUAUUGGAUGAGGUGGAUAAAAGGUAUAGACAGUAUCACCAGCAGAUGCAGGAUGUGGUGUCCUGCUUUGAAAUGAUUGCCGGACUUAAUUCAGCUAAGCCAUACACGUCACUAGCCCUAAGAACGAUCUCUUGUCAGUUUCGCUGCCUGCGGGAUGCAAUCAAGAGACAGAUUCAAGUCGCACAGAAAAGCUUAGGAGAGGAGCAAGGUGGUGGUGGCAGCCAAGGAGAAAGGUUGCACCGUCUACGUUAUGUGGACCAGAAACUGAGACAGCAAAGGUCACUUCAGCAGUUUGGCGGUGUGAUGAUGAGACAGCCGUGGAGGCCGCAGAGAGGUUUGCCAGAGAAUGCUGUUUCUGUGCUCCGUGCUUGGCUUUUUGAACAUUUCCUCCAUCCGUAUCCGAAAGACUCAGAAAAGAGCAUGCUUGCAAGGCAGACUGGGUUAACCAGAAGCCAGGUUGCAAACUGGUUCAUAAAUGCUCGAGUGCGUCUUUGGAAGCCAAUGAUUGAAGACAUGUACAAAGAGGAGUUUGGCGAUACCGAGGAAGGAGGCUCUACUGCUUCGCCCAAACAGAUAUCAGAAAAGGACAAGUCACUAUCCGAGGAAAGAGACAAUACUUUUGCUGAGCAACACACAGCAUUAUCCAACCAAACUGGUGAUGAAGGUAUUACUCAACCAAACAGUGUUUCCAUGUUUGGGGGCGGCACUCAAGUGUCCCUCGCUCUAGGCUUGAAACAAAAUCAGAACAAUCUAGCUAAACAAUUAAGAGGGGUUAGUGAUAAAGCGGCUUCCUCUACGGACAUUAUGGGAAAAGCAGGAGAUUACUACUAUAUGGACCAACAAGAAAGGUUCGUCAACUCGCAUCUCUUGCCAGAUUUUGUUUUAUGAAGCAAAACAAGAAAAGUUCACCGCAUACAGAUACUACUGGUGUGAAUUCAAUUGUAUUAUAAUUUUUUAUUAUUUUUGCUUCCUGCCUGGCAGCCUGGCAGGUUUUUCUAUGCAUGUAUAUAAACACUGCAUGUGUCCACAUAAUCCGGUUAUUGUGCAAUACACACAGUAAAUGAUAAUACUCGUGAAAGGAUAGCUAGGUUAGUUUUCGUGUGAAUUACAAAUUUGUUAUGUAAAUUGUGUUUGCCAAUAAAAUAAAUGAAUUCUGUAUAAAGAAUUUUGCACAUUCUUGAAAUAGACAUUACUUGAUUACUUUACUCUCA